GGCACAAUUCAAUACUACUGCACAAAAGUCAACGGCAUAUGUCUCUUAGACCUCGCAAACGGAGGCGUUCUCAGGCAUUUGAAAAUGGCGUACAAGAGCGCACCGAAAACAACAACACAGCAGUCGAAAACACCACCGAAUCACCCACCGAAACUCAAGGAAAGAUUGAAGGAUUAACUGGAGAUCCUAAGCAAGAUCUUGAUAUCUGGGACGCAUUUAAAGAGGAACACUAUGAAAUCAUAGAACAAUUACCGCUUUCCCUCCAUCGACAGUAUGUUCUGUUGAAGGAACUCGAUGGACAAGCACAGGCCUACAAUGUGGAGUUGUUGGCCUCUGUACUUGACUAUAUUGCCCUUCGCAGAACAUAUGCAGCUCGUUCCAAGCCCACUCAUACUACAGGACCCAUCCAACAUUCCCCGGCUAGUCAUUCUGCACAAGCCAAACCUUUCGAUCCUUCAUCUGACCCUUCAGUGUCCCGCUCACCUGAAAAGACGCCAUCUACGUCUGAGUUACCUCGCAUUGACACCGAGAUGACAACUCUCUUCAGUCCUCGACAACCUGAUAAUGAUAUCCGGUUCCGAGCUACGCCUUCGUCCAUACCUCUCACGUCUACGUCCGCAUCCACUGCUGCUGGUCCAAAAGACACGCGAAGCCUUUUGGUUCGUAUCGCUCAACUAUCAGAAGAGACCUUGAAAGCCUCUGAAGAGAAGGUCAAUCUUGCCCAAGCCGCUUAUGAAUCUGUAGAUAGGCACAUUCGACUGUUUGAUCAAGCCAUUAAGGAGCAAGAGGCUUCCAUUUCGCUUGGUGUCCGCGCGGGAACUCAUCUUGCCCCAAUAUUACUUCCCGACCUCGUAGUGCCCAGAUGGGCUCGACCUUCUCGCAUAGAACAUAGUCCUGUGCCUUCACUCUCCCCUGAGGAUGAACUGGUGCCACAACCAACCGAAACGGUAGUCAACGAGCCACCCUCUGAUCAUGGACCAUCGCUAGGAAUUAUAUCCUCAGAUGCACCAUCAGAGCUGCCCCCCACGCGAAAAACACCAAGAAAGAAAGGCAAAAAGACUCUGGACAAGAAAGUUGACGAUAGUGUUCCCUUGGCACCUCGGGCCCGUACGAUCCGAUCCUUGAAGCUGAGAGUGCCGGCGCAAGCGCCCGAACUUGUUGUUCGUCUACCACCUACAGUGCCAGAUGAUCCUCAGGAGCAGAGAUAUUGUUAUUGCAAUCAAGUUUCAUACGACACGAUGGUUGCAUGCGAUAAUCCUGGCUGCAAAAUUGAAUGGUUCCAUCUAUCUUGUCUUGGAUUAAAACACGCUCCAAAGGGAAAGUGGUUUUGUCGUGAUUGUAAACCAAGAAAUAUUCAGAAAGGAAAA